GCCACGCCCAGGGCCAGGCCUCGCCCACCUCUGCCCUCCUGCGCAGGCGCGCUCCCGCCGCCCGGCCAGCCAUGGUGAACCUAGGCUUGUCCCGUGUGGACGACGCCGUGGCCGCCAAGCACCCGGCUCGUGCAGGUGUCCUGGACUGGAGAACGCGCCCUCCUGUCUCACCCUCCCUCCCCAGCAGGUGGCGCCGAGUCCCCUGCCCGCGGGUGCACGCUGGAUACCCAGGUGGUCCCUGCCAGCGCUGGUUGACCAGGGCACCUUGGCUCUCUGCAGGCACCAGCGGGACCUUCGGCCUGCAGAUUCUCAUCCAGAGAAAGUUCCCCUACCCGAUGCAGUGGAGCGUCCUGGCAGCCGUGGUUGCAGGCUCUGUGGCCAGCUACGGGGUGACCAGAGCAGAGACGCAGAAAUGCAGCAACCUCUGGCUCUUCCUGGAGACGGGGCAGCUCCCCAGAGACAGGGACACAGGUCAGUCCCGAUAGGAGAGCUGCAGCCAGGGCACAGAUCAGGGGCAGGAGGAGUCCUGGAACACAGUCCUUAGCACCCCCAACUCCAGACCACCUCAUACAUACAUGACCAGGCCUGACACACCUGCUGCUGCCGCCGCCACCACCGCCACCACCACCACCACCGCUGCUGCCCACACCCAGGACCUGCCCAGGUUGGCUCAGAAAGGCCUGGCAGGGCUGGGGCAGGGGAUUCUCCUCAGGAUCAGCACUCAAGCCUGAGAGGGUUGUGUCCUGCUGCACAUGUUCUGGAGAGAGCAGCCAGCGCAUGGUGGACAGGACUUCCAGGCCCUCUGAUACUGUGGUGUCCACCUGUCUGCUCCCCAGCCAGCCCAAGGACACAGCGGGUGCUGGGGGUGUCGGGUAAUAAACAGCUUGCCUUGCUUCCCACCUAA